AUGACAAAAAAGACUGUGAACUAUUACAUGCUAUCAAUAGAAAAUGAUCCAUUGCGUACUGUGCAAAACAAAAACUUUAUUGGAAAGGUGAUGUUCUUGGUUGCUGUUGCCCGCCCAAGGUUUGACUGCAAAGGCAAUGAAACUUUCUCCAGGAAAAUUGGAGUCUUUCCUUUGGUGACAAAAGAGCCAGCAAAGAGAAAUAGUGUCAAUAGACCUGCAGGUUCAUUGAUAACAAAGCCUAUAACUUCAGUUACCAAAGAAGUUAGUAGACAGUUUCUUAUUGGACAUGUUGUGCCCGCUAUAAAAGCAAAGUGGCCUAGAGAUUCAAUAGGGGAGCCAAUUUAUAUUCAACAGGAUAAUGCAAGGUGUCACAUUGAUCCAAAUGACGGUGAGUUCCAUCGAGUUGCCACAGAAGAUGGGUUUUGCAUCCGCUUGAUGAACCAACCUCCUAAUUCUCCUGACUUGAAUAUUCUAGAUCUUGGCUUCUUUAAUGGCAUACAAUCUUUACAGUACAAGGAAACACCAAAAACAACUGAUGAUUUGAUUGCGGCAGUGAUUAGAUCAUUUGAAUCAUUUCCAUCCACUAAGUCUAACAAAAUAUUCUUAACACUUCAAUGUUGCAUGGUAGAAAUCUUGAAGGACAGAGGUUCUAAUAAAUAUGAUCUUCCACAUAUAAGAAAAGAAGUCAUGGAAAAGGAAGGUCCACUACCAAAUCAAAUAAAGUGUGAUCCAAAGUUAGUACAAGAAGUGAUGGAGUAUUUGAGGUAA